AUGCUGAGAGAUACCACUCCUAGUGCUCAAGCUAUGACCUCAAAGAAGACUAACACUUCCACCAUUUUGGCAAACAACUCAUCAUCGGUUACAAUAGGUAGCAGCAGUGGCCGUGGUUCCUCAUCUUCUUCAAUAUCGUCAUCUAUUAAAGAUCUUUUCCGUUGCUUCGAAUCCUUUAGGACACUAAAUAUUGGUGUCCCAAAGAGCAACUCCACCGAAAAAAACUGGCAUGGUUGCGCUCUCAAAUUAUUGGUGAUGGUGUAG